CCUCCUUCUCCUCGUUCCGUGGUGCUCUCUGGAACGUAGAAACAGAGGGGGUAACAAGAGAACCGAAGAGUCUGUGCGUGAUUUCUAUCAAGGAGAUGGGGAAGCAGAAUGUGAUAGUCCCGGAUCAGUGGGUUGACUCCAUGCGGGCCUCCUCCCCUACUCACGCCAAGGCGGCCGCCGUGCUCUCCGGUUCCCAGGAAGCCUCCCACGACGACGAGUACCACAAAUGGGUGAAACAGUACCCUUCGGCGUUGAGCAACUUCGACGACAUCUUCGCCGCAUCCAAGGGGAUCCAGAUCGUGAUGUUCCUCGACUACGACGGGACUCUGUCUCCCAUCGUAGACGACCCUGAUCGUGCCUUCAUGUCCGACGCAAUGAGAGAGGUGGUGAGAGAUGCAGCGAGGCACUUUCCAACUGCGAUCGUAAGCGGAAGAUGCAGAGAUAAGGUGUUUAGCUUUGUACGAUUGAGGGAGUUGUACUACGCCGGAAGCCACGGCAUGGACAUAAAAGGGCCGAGUAAGACAACCAAACACACAAAAGCUAAGAGGAAAGGUGUUUUAUUUCAACCAGCCAGUGUGUUCCUGCCCAUGAUAGAUGAGGUAUAUAAAACAUUGUUGCGGAAAACAGAGCUCUUCCCAGGAUCCAGUGUCGAGAACAACACAUUCUCUUUAUCGGUUCACUACCGAUGUGUCGAUGACAAGAUAUUGAGCUCAUUAUUCGAGAUGGUUAAAUCGGUGCUCGAAGACUACCCUGAACUCCGGCGCACCUCUGGAAAAAAGGUGUUGGAGAUUCGCCCGAGUAUUAAUUGGGACAAAGGGAAGGCCCUCGAGUUCUUGUUGGAGUCUCUUGGAUUCGGCGACAGAACCGAUGUGUUUCCGGUGUACAUAGGAGACGAUUGCACUGAUGAAGAUGCUUUCAAGGUUUUGCGUGACAGAGGACAGGGUGCGGGCAUUCUUGUGUCCGAUAUCCCAAAGGAAACACACGCAUCCUACUCGCUCCGAGAGCCGGCAGAGGUUAAGGAAUUCUUGAGCCGCCUGGUGGAGUGGAAACGCCUCCCUUCCUCCAAGAACAAAUACAAGGAUGCCAUGAGCUAAGAUCGAAGCUAUGAGGAUGCUUUAGUCAUGAACACAAGGAAGUCUCUUCUGUUUCUUUUUCCUAGCUUUUCUGAAUCCUUUUCUCCUCUGUGCGGGAAAGGCAGAGAGAGAGAGAGAGAGAGAGA